CAUUUAGGCAAAAUUUCUAGAUUAUUUCCAAUUUUUUUGAUAAUUUCGACUCGAAACGUGUGGCAAAAUGGCGACGCCUAAUUUCAUAUCGUUGCUGAAGCUGUUCACGGACACUCUGAACAGUUCGUACAAAGUGGACGACAUCGAUCAGCUGAAGGUGGAGUACGACGGCCAGAAGGGUUCCAGCGACUAUGACAGGAAAGCCGCUCUGCAUCAGGCCUUCCGGAACUUGCUGCUGACGAAAACGGACGACAUCCCGGCGAUUGAGGGGUUUAUUAAUUUCGCCGUUGCCGCCUGCCGGUUGGAGAUGACCUCGGCGACGAUUCCGGUCGUGCUGCUGGGGGAUAUUUUCGAUGCCGUCACACUGGACAAGUGCGAGCAGAUUUUUACCUACGUGGAGAAUAAUGUGGCCACCUGGAAGGAGGAGUUGUUUUUCACGGCUUGCAAGCACAAUCUGCUGCGGAUGUGCAACGAUUUGCUGCGAAGGCUGUCCCGGUCGCAGAAUACGGUUUUCUGCGGGCGCAUUUUGCUCUUUUUGGCCAAGUUCUUUCCGUUUAGCGAGCGGUCCGGGUUGAACAUCAUUUCGGAGUUCAAUCUGGAGAACAUUACGGAAUAUGGCGUGGAGGGAAGCGAAAUGGGCGAUCAGUUGGAUAGUUCGGAGGAAAACGGAUCCGGCAAUCAGCUGAAGAUUGAUUACAACUUGUACUGCAAGUUCUGGGCUUUGCAGGACUUUUUCCGGAAUCCGAAUCAAUGCUACAACAAGGUGCAGUGGAAGACGUUUGCGGCGCAUGCUGGAAGCGUAUUGUCCGCGUUCAGUAGUUUCAAGUUGGAAGAGCCUCGAUCUUCCAGCAGUAGUAGCAAUGUAGGCAGCAGAUCCGGUCCCACUGCAAUGGACAUCCCACCGGAGGAGCAAAUUCGCGAUUCGGGACACUUUUUCGCCAAGUUCCUAACCAAUCCGAAGCUGCUCUCGUUGCAAUUGUCAGAUUCCAACUUUCGGCGAUCGGUGCUGGUGCAGCUACUGAUCCUUUUUCAGUAUCUCAAUUCGACCGUCAAAUUCAAAGCGGACAAUCAUCUCCUGACACAGGUUCAGAUCGAUUGGCUGCGGGAAACGGAAACCACUGUAUACAGAUUGAUUGACGAGUCCCCGCCCAAUGGGAAGAAGUUUGCCGAGUCCGUGCGGCAUAUGCUUGCACGCGAGGAGCUCUGGAACAGCUGGAAGAACGAAGGAUGUAAGGAAUUCAAACGUCCGGAAGCAGGUGGAACGGCUGCUGCUGUUGCUGCUGCAGCAGCUGCAGCAGCAGCUACUGCUUCAGCUUCUGGCAGCGGCGAAGACGCAUCGCCUCCGGUUCGUCUACCGCAGAAGCGCACCCGUCGCCCGCUCGGUGACCUGAUACGAGAUUCGACCAAGCAGGGCAAAUUCUUCAUGGGAAAUCCGGAACUGACGCGGCUGUGGAAUACCUGUCCGGACAAUUUGCAGGCCUGCAAGGGAGAGGAUCGGAACUUUUUACCCUCGCUGGAGGCCUAUCUGGACGGUUCGAAGGAGAAGCAAGACCCGUCGUUCGAGUGGCGGGCGUUGCGUCUGUUGGCCCGCCAGUCACCGCACUUUUUCACGCUCUUCAACAGCCCGUCCUACAAGGUAGCCGACUAUCUGGAGAGUGUGAGGAAGAAGAUCCAGAAGGACAAGGUGGACAUCAAACAGCAGGUGGUGCUGGAGGAUGUUCCGUCGCAGAACGAGAACGAACAGAACGAAGCGGAAGGCGAGAGCUUCGUCGGCGAGGAGGAAACGGAUCAGAUGGACUCGGAACUGCUGAAGACGGAACAGCUCACACCGGAGGACAAGAACACCCACAGAACCAUCACCGUCACCAAGGAGCAGAUGGCCGAACUGGCCCCGAGCAUCGGUAAGGACUGGAAGAAGCUCGCCACCAAGCUCGGCUACAACGGGGACGAAAUCCAGUACUUCGAGUCGGAAAAUGCCACCGUCGGCGAUCAGUGCCGCCAUCUGCUGCAGGUGUGGUUCGAAGACGACAUGGACGCCAGCCUGGAUCAGUUGGCCUACAUCCUGGAGGGGCUGGAGAUGCUGACGGCAGCCGACGCGGUCAAGCAGAUGAUUGCCGCCCUGAGCGACGACAAGGUGGAGGAAGUGUCGGAUGAGUAAGUCGGAUUUUUCUUUCGCUUAUAAGAUUUAACUCUAGAGAAUAGAUCAAUCAUGGAAAGUA